GCGGGGGGGGAACGGGACGCGGUACCGGGCAGGGCAGGGCAGGGCGGCGGCGGCGGCGGCAGCCCGGCUUGACAGAGGCAGGCAGGCAGCGGUGGCUUCCCUCAUGGAGCCCAGCUAAGGGCUGCCCGCAUCCAUCUCCCGGAGUCAUUCCUGCUGCUAAUCAAAUCGCCCGGCAUUGCUCGAGCGGUGUUUGGCUGCGUGCUCGCUCUCGUGUCGGCUAGCCUACGUCAAGGCAGGGAAGCGGUGGCAGUGAAGAUGGGCUGAGUAUCACCAGCACUUCAGGACAGAGACUGUCUGUCACUUGAGGCUAAAUUAUGUCAGUGCUGAUGCUCCUGGCAGCCCAGAGCCGCCACGGGUCCAACUGAUGGCGAUGUAGAGGUGGCGCCGGCAGAGCUCGAGAAGCCCCACAACAUGGAGGAGCUGUACAAAGAUGCCCCGAACCUGCCCAUGGACGUCACCAGCUCACCCUCGGUGAUGGCCAACAACAAGCUGGAGAACGGGGUGGCCCAGCUGAUCACGGCAGAGGCCUGGAACAUCAACUCAUCUGACCUAAUGAAGAAGGCUCUGUCCCCACUGGUGACUGUCCCUGCACCCUCCAUCUUGACGCCGCCGGCUGAGUCGCAGAGCGGGGUGGCCCUGAAGGUUGCGGCCACAGUGCUGCAGCCCAUCUGCCUGGGGGACAGCCCCGUUGUUCUGCCCAUCCACCUGCAGGUAGCCGGCAGCGCUGCCCCACAGAUGCCGGCCACCAACGCCGCCACCCCCUACGUCAUGACCACCCAGGGCCCCGUCCCACUGCCCGUCCUCCUGGAGCAGCACGUCUUCCAGCACCUGAACUCACCCCUGGUGCUGCCCCCAGGGGCCACCUGCCCCGCCAGCCCCCUGCACGCCGGCCUCUUCCCCGGCACCACCACGCCCGUCGGGCAGCCCCAGCUCCUGGACCCCAAGCCUUCUGGCCAAGCGCAGGAGCCCGUCCUGCCUCCCGUCUUUCAGACACCGGGGUUCGCCGCCGUCCUUCAGGACCUGUUUCCCUCCCAGGGCACCCUGGGCUCUGCGCCCUGCCAGCCACCCCCUGACUACGCCGCCCUCCCACCCCAGGCUUUCAGCUCACCCCUGUCUCCGCUGGUGCCCCCCGCCACGCUGCUGGUGCCCUACCCUGUCAUUGUGCCCCUGCCCGUCCCUAUCCCCAUCCCUAUCCCCGUCCCCAUCCCCGUGCCUCAUGGCGCUGACACCAAGGUGGCCCCCAACCCGCCCAAGCCACCACUCUUCACCCCCCACUCCUGCAAGGGCACCCAGACCCCCCUGGAGAAGGAGGAGACGAAGCCCUUCGACCUCCUCCACCCACGAGAAUUUCCCCAGCUCAGCCGCCACACUGUCAUCAAGAUGGGCAGCGAGAAUGAGGCGCUGGACCUCUCCAUGAAAGGGCCACCCGCGCUCCGGGCUGGUGAGGCUGCCCCACCACCACCACCCGAGGAUGGGGCUCUGGACCUGUCCCUCACCUCCUGCCGCAAGCCGGGGGGACCCCACGGAGAGGUGGCCAGUGUUAGCCCCAGCGCUGCUGCUGAGGCCAGUGCUUACCCUGCGCCGGACAAGCUCCCUGGCCCCGCUGCCACCUUUGCCCCCUGCAAGCCCCAAGAGGCAUCGGGCAAGGUGGAGGGCAGGGGUGUGGGUGGUGGGUCGUCUGAUCUUCUGCGGCAGCCGCAGAAGUGGCUGGUGGAGCAGGCGGGCAGAGCAGGCUGCGAGCCCAAGGCCGGCAACAACAUUGAGAUCGUCAGCACCUCACAGACAGCCAAAGUCAUCGUCUCCGUCAAGGACGCCGUGCCCACCAUCUUCUGCGGCAAGAUCAAGGGCCUGUCGGGAGUCUCCACCAAAAACUUUUCCUUCAAAAGGGACCUGCCCCAGGACUCGGUGCUGCAGUGCUACGAUGUGAAGAGCCCGCCUGAGCCCCGGGAUAGUGCCGAGGCCCUCAGGAAACCCGUCAAAAACAGGAGCGUAAAGCUAAAGAAAAUGAACUCGCCGGAGAUACAUAUUCUUCCAAUCAAGAAACAACGGCUCGCUGCCUUUUUUCCAAGAAAGUAAAUUAUGGGUUUUUAGAAUUUUAAGAUUAUUAUGAGAAGAAGAAGAAAACAAAUUAAUAAAAAAGAUGCACUUGGUUUUAAACUCAUUUAAAACUUUAAACUAUCUUUGUAAGUUAUUUUUGGGGGAAGGGGGAGAGGAUUGGAUGUAGAGUCCCUAUAAGCCGGGUUGGGUUUUUUUUCUGUUUUUUUUUUUUUGUUAUCAGAUUUUGACUUUUCAUGGGAAACUGAAUAAAAGCAACCUAUUUUUCAAGCAGAUUGCACAUUUUGCAGCUUUAAUGAAGUAAUGGAUGAGUCAGAGGGGUAAGAGCUAUUUUCACUGCCGUAAAGUGCUUUGAUGAUGUAACUCUUCAUAAUGGUCAGAGGGGAAAUUUCAAAAUAAAUGUUUGUACGUGCUAAUUGGUUGCGGCAUUUUCUUGUCAUUUCUGAAUCACAUUCAAUGUACGAAGAAGGUUUGGCAAAGAGUGUAAACUGCAAAGCACUGCGACUGACUUGUGAUGAGCCUAAAGCGUUCAGAAAAAAAUAAAGGCUAAGAAAAAUUAUACUGUCCCACAGCACUGUCAGAGAGCACAUCACAACAGCUGCUAACGAUGUGCCCAAAUGUGCUUCCAGAGAAGCAAGAGCAAACGAGAGAUACAGCCCAGUGCAUACCUAACACCACCUUCAUUGUGAGAGGCCCAUAGGAAACCACCUUAAAACGCUGUCAGUUAUUUAACAGAGAAAAGACUAAAAGCCAGGGGAAUUUGGUUGCCAGUGGGGCAGGAGGGGGAAGGAAAAGUGCAUAAUUUUUCCCAGCCUGACUAGAGAUACAUGGAAAAGUUGUUUAUUACUAGUUUUCUAAGUUUCUUUGAUGGCUGCAAUCAAUGCAUAUGAA